AUGCAUAUCUUUCUGUAUCAAAGCUCCAUGUAUCAUGACCAAAGUGGUGGGCCGCUUUCGUAUAUUCCCAAUCCAUCAAAAGCUUCGAAUGAGCCAACCGAUCCAGUUGUAGUCCUUCCUGAAUCUGGUCAAAUUAUUCGCGCUAUUGAAACUGAGGAUGUUCCAAAGUCUGCUGAAAUAACAAGAGAUGAAUUGCUUAAUGCCAGUGCUUUUCUUGAGAUCAUUGAUUUGGUAAACCAGAAAAAGCGUUACAUCAGAGUACCCAGCUCAGGCCGUUCUCCGUCUUACGCAUUUUGGUUGGUCCAACCAAAUAAACCAAAUUUCUUUCUGGCUGGUCUGAGCAAUGACGGUCUCGUUACAGCUGACUCGGGAGGUUGCAUUCAAUUGUGGGAGACAUCACUCAUACAUUUAGAGCGUUCUCUUCAGGAAUGGAGAAAUAUGAUUGGUUAUGAAGACACACGGCCAUUGCAAAUUAAUUAUGAACGAGAAAGUGGUAAAGAAGCAGAAGGCCCGAAACAUGGCAAGAUUGAUCCCGACAAUGUACCCCAUGUUGGUGGUAACACCUGGGCAGGUGGAACAGGUGGCCGUGAUACGGCAGGCCUGGGUGGAUUUGGUGGGCCAUAUCGUCUAGAUGCAGGCCAUGAUGUUUACCAGGUACCUCAACAUGAAAAGGAUGCUGUUCCUGAAGAGAUUAAACAAGCUGCCCGUGAAAUGGCUGAGAAAGCAUGGAAAGAGAGGUUACGAGAGAUUCAGAUGAGUGAGUAUGAUGCUGAAACCUACGAGAGUUUUGCAAAGAGUGUACGACGCCAAGUACAUUCUCUACGAGUUAUUAUUGACAGUUUGCAGGCCAAGGGUAAAGAACGACAAUGGUUGAAACACCAGACAUAUGGAGAUCUUGAUGAUACAAAACUAAUUGAAGGGAUCACCGGAGAAAAAUCCAUUUAUAAACGAAGGGGGGAACAAGAACCAGAGCUUGGCACACCUCAAGAAUUGCCCAAGAAACUACGCCUUGUUGUAGAUGUUUCUGGAAGCAUGUAUCGCUUUAAUGGCCAUGAUGGACGACUGGAACGUGAAAUGAGUGCUGUGUUGAUGGUAAUGGAAGCCUUAGAGGGCUACGAAAAUAAAUUUAAGUAUGAAAUUGUUGGCCAUUCUGGAGAAAGUUAUGACACAUCUUUCAUUCGAGCUGAUAAAGUGCCUAAAAAUAAUAAAGAAAGAUUGACAGUGCUUAAGACAAUGCACGCUCAUUCACAAUUUUGUCUGAGUGGAGACCAUACACUGGAAGCCACAAAACACAGUAUCAAUUCUGUGCAAGAAGAAGAGGCAGAUGAAUAUUUUGUUAUCAUCUUAAGUGAUGCCAAUUUUGACCGAUAUGGCAUUCGGCCACAGACUUUUGCCAAAUUACUUACUGAAAAUGAAGAGGUGAAUGCCUUUGCCAUUUUUAUUGGAUCCCUUGGAGACCAAGCUGUCAGGUUGACAAAGCAACUGCCCAUGGGUCAUGCAUUUGUGUGCAUGGACACAGACAAACUUCCACAAAUUCUUCAGCAGAUUUUCACGUCGACCAUGUUAUCAUCAAGUUAA